AUUUCAAUUAAGAAAAUCAGCAAAACGAUGAAACAUUCUGAAAAAUUCUAAUCUAAUAACAACAGUAAUUUUUACGUCUUUUUUAAUUUACUUGUUUUAUUUGAGCCAACCUGACAAAACAAUGCACCUCUGAUACGAACGCUUAUCAUUUUAUUUAACCCGUAUAUCAGUAUAAUGGCAAUGACAAAUGUAUAUUCAUAAACACACAAGGAUAUCGAAGAUAUCCAAGUCAGCUGUUUCCAAUUGAAUAAAAUGUGACAAAAAGCAUACAUAAUCGGUAUAUAAACUAAUACUGUAUAAUUCCAUGAAAACACUUAACUAACAUCGUUGUUUUCAAACUUAAAAUUAAUAUUUAUAGGUUCUACAUGUCAGAGUCAGAAACAAGUGGGACAAAAUAAAUUACAUUAUAUAAUAUUAAUUUAUCAUAUUAUAGGCCUAUAUUCCGAAAUACGUCAUUUAUCGGUAAUUGCAAUAUACAAUGCAUUAGAUGUACAAGUUAGUUGUUAAAAAAGUUAGUUGGUCAAUUUUUAUAUAUUUUAGUGAUUUACUUGUACCGUAUUACAUUUGAACAAGAUACGGAAAACUUAUCUAUAUUUACUUAAUUUGGACAUCAGAAAUGACAAUGAUACAUGUAUAUUCAUAAACAUACAAAGAUAUAGAUCCCAUCCACCUGUUUUCCGUCGUGGAAUAAGGUAGUGUUAACAUACAGAAUCACUGUAGCUGAAGCACUUUCCUUUAACAUCUGAUUGGUUAAUGGUUGCCAGAAGUCGUCAGCAAUGGGGUAUAAAAAGCAGCAUGUACGCAAUUUCAUCAUUUAUGGGUAGGCUUCGAUAGCACUUAACACCAUAAACAAUAUGCUUUUUUACCUCUUGUUAUUGAUCGCCUCUCCAAUCCCAGUGGAGAUGGCAUCACCACGCAUGCUGCACAAUGCCAGUAAAGUCCAAACCACUACAAUAGCUGCCUCUACAAACGAGACUACAUCGACGCCUGUUUGUUCUACUUGUGAUAUGGAUAGAGUUAAAGAAUGGAAAAUUGAAAUGAUAAAGUCAUCUAUAUUGGAAAAACUUGGCCUGACACACCCACCGAAUGUCACUCUAGGACAGCUACCCGAGAAUCCACCUUUUCUUGAAGAUUUACAGCACUUUGCAGAUAUGGAGGAUGACGAAAAUAUGUUUGCAGAUAAACCCACUGAAUACACAGACGUCAUUGGUUCGGAAACUACGGCCUCAGUUAAACGUGUACUCAUAAUGGCAACUGUUCCACCUGAAGAUAUCGACGUUCCGAAUUCUGCAUGUUUUAACACUGAAUUAAAAGGAAAAUCUAUUGAAGUGGCAAGUCUAUGGGUAUACGUGGACAAAGCGACUGUUGUUCAGCGUACAGUCACCCAUCUCCGUGUGUAUAUGCUGAUUGAAGCUACGCCCACAUCCCCCAUGAAAAAGAAGUUAUACAAAGCAAAAACAAUUUCUUUAAGCACUGCCAAAGGUUCAUGGGAACGUUUUGACGCUAGCCAAUUAACAAGGGAAUGGACGAAGGACCCAUCAAUAGCACACCGCUAUAUAGUUUUGGAGGCUCAUGAUAGUGCAGGAAACAAUUUAGUUAUUACCGCACCAAAUGACAGACAUAGUCCCGUGUUUUCCGUGGAAUUCGACAAGAAAAGACGACAUGGCCGAUCCCACAAGCGGACACAGAAAUGUAACACGAACAGUAGUGUGUGUUGUAUGGAAAAAUUGCGUAUAGACUUCAAAAAAUUCGGCUGGGAUUGGGUAAUUGCACCCUCGGCAUUCUACGCCAACUACUGCAAAGGCCAAUGUCCCAUAAGUGCAUUGUUAGGGUCCGGAACAUUUGAGUUGUCAAUGCUGAAUCAAGAGUCGGCUAUCGCUCAGUGCUGUUCCCCAACCGAACUAAAGCCCCUGAAAAUGGUUUAUACAGACAGACACAACGAAUUCACAUUCCAAGAAGUUUCGGAUAUGGUUGUUGAGUCUUGCCUCUGUCAAUGAUAUCCAAAUACCUACUAGACCUAGCCUAAAGAACACAAUUAUCAGAUACCAUCAUACCUAUACAAUUGUUUCACCCUACCUCUUACAAUUUAACAUGUAGUUUUCAUAUUUCAUAUUACGGUUUUAGAAAUAAUUUUGAAUGAAAUGUAAAUUCAAGAAAAGAAACUUCUUUGAGAUUCAGUUAAUUAGUGGCGUAAUGCCUGUGGGCUCUCAGGAGUGGUGGGAAGGGCCCGGACCCCCCCCCCCCCCGCUUCAAAGGGGUGCCCAGAUUCCUCCUUCUACUACAAAAAGCGAACUACUAGAGAGCCUUCGGACCGUAAAAGGACACUCAAAACUAGCAAUAAACAAAUUUAACUGCCAAAAUUUUGAACAACGGUAUUGACAUUGCAUAAUGUAGCCUAGCCUGGUUUCCAUAAAAAUCGCUACACGAUAAUUUCCUACUCCAUUGACGACGCUGAUUGGUCAGUUGAAUCAGGGAAUGUUCCCGAUUGCGUUGGGGACUGCUACGCAGUGCAAGGAUUAGAAUGAAAACGCUGUAACGACUGUAGCGAUUCUAUGGACACUAUGCUUUAAUGCAUUAAUGAAAGCUUUAAGAGGGACGUGAUUCACCCACACACUGUCCUCUCUGCCACUUUUGUGACACCUUGGGCACCCCCGCCCCCAACACUGUCUCAGUCCCGGGCCCCGUAGCUCGUCGUUAGGCCUACGCCACUGUUCACUGAUUGGGUAGCGGAAAUAAUUUUUAGGUGCACACGAACGUAGACCUACAAAAGUUCGCGCACUUAAAAUACGACAACUACAGGACAACACACCGUACAAGACCAUUUAUACCUGUAUUUUAGCUGGUUAUAACUCAACAUUUUAAAAAUUAUUUUACUCGCUUUCGUCCACUUAAUGCACUUUUUCAGGCUUAUGAAGAAAUUCAUAAGCCUGAACUAAAGCUAUACAGUUUGACCACAAAUAAAAUCGGAUGUGAACUGCACAUUAUAAGUGAUUUAAUGGUGCAUCCAUCAGAAAACUUGAUGUAAUGCUAUUUUGUUAAAAUAAAAAAAAAUAUAUAUAUAUAUAUACCCUUCCGAUACCAGGAUACGACCUUGUUAUCCAAACACGAUGUUACGUUUUUGAGGUGAAUAGUAAUAUACGGCUAUGCAAUCAUUAUUUUAUAAACGAGUUUAUUGUAUAGAUUACGGUUAGAGGUUGACUACAUUAUAAAGUAUUUACGUGUACUUGCUCAGAAUUUCUAUAUCUGAUUAUAGAGACCCGUUCUAGAUAUCACAACUAGAAAUCGAAAACAUUUCACACGCACACCACCAACUCAAGCAUGUCCAGAAGUUGAAAGGAAACCAUGCUGCCUACAUCCUAUUGUCGUCGACUUCGAAGAAAUCGGCUGGAACUUUGU